UCGAACUCCAUAACUUCAGUCUUUCCUGAGAAUUCAUACUGUUAACAUCGUUCGGCAAUCCAAAAUUCCAAGCGGCUUUUUAAUUUGGUCCCGAAUAUAUCCCAAAAAUUAUUCUACCCGUUCGGUUUUUGGUUUCCAAAAAUAAAAUAAAAAACAAAUUUCUGAAAUUUUCUAGUUUUGGUCAAGCUCGAAAUUAGAGGCGCGAAGAUGUCGAACGGCGGGUACUCCUUCUGGAACGGCCAACCCGUGAACGCUCCCGUAUACCCGCAGAUGGGGGAUCUGAUGCAGCCGACCGGCCAGUCAGCCGGCGGUUCCGGGGGCGGAGCUUCUGCCGGCUAUGGUGGACAAAUGCCUGGACCAAUGGCAUACAGCUCUGGCGGAGCAGCGCCUUCGCCCCAAGGACACUCGCAGCAGCGCGGCAUGGGCAUGUCGGCCGGAAUGGCCGGUGGUAUGGGCAUGCAAAUGCCCAUGCCCAAUUCUCAGAUGGGAAUGGGCGACUACGGCCAUGGGAGCAUGCCCAUGAGCGGCACGGUCAGCUCCCCGCUCACCUGCAAUCUGCCCCAGAGCUUCUUCGGGCAGGGCACCCAAGGACCCUACGAGCCCUGCAUCGACAACGGCGAGGCCUUCUGCGCCUACAACGGCAUGGACAUGAGCAUGAACUAUGGCGGCGGUGGUGCCGGCGGAUCCAUGUCUGGUGGCAAGGGUUUCUGGUAGAUGUUACUGGCCAGAGAGACGAGCACCAUCCGCAUCCCAAAACGUAUCACUCUUUGUAGUGUCUUAAGGAUCCCAGAUAUCCAGAAAACAUCCAGAAGCCCACUAUCCUAUCCGCCAGUGCCCCAAGAGUGUCAGUUGGCCGUUCAAAUAAAAUUAUUGUUCACUUAAGCUAAAUAUAUGGGUUAAAAAACUUAAA